AUGCAGUUCACCAUUGCAAUAAGUGUUUUUUCAAUAUUAUUCUCUAUUAAUGUUGGUUUGAAUAUUGAUGAGUACGUAAAGGAAAUUGAUAAAUUGAGUUUGAAUGAGACAUUUGUUGAGGAAUAUUACAAGUGGUCGUUUGAUUUGUUUUCACAACCAGACUAUCUUUAUGGGGAAAAAAUGAAUUUUCCCUGUAAUCCAUCACUUGGAGAUAAUAAAACAACAGCAACAAGUGUUCAUCAACUUCGUCCAUCGGAUGUGAAAGUGAUUGGUGCACUGGGCGAUUCGCUGACUGCUGCUUUAGGUGCCCAUGCAAUAACUAUCGCAGGACUGUUAGUAGAAAAUCGUGGUUUAUCAUGGUCUAUCGGUGGUGAUCAUAAUUUUAAUAAAGUUAUGUCAUUACCCAAUAUAGUAAAACAAUAUACUCCAAAUUUAAAAGGUUAUUCAACCAAAUUUUCCAUCUCAUUUCUAAAUGGACAAAAUAGUUCGAAUAAUGGAUUGAACGUAGCUAAAUCGGGUGGUCGUUCCUAUCACAUGUUGAAUCAGGCACAAAUGCUCAUUGAUCGUAUAAAAGCAGAUAAAACCUAUGAUUUUAACAAUGAUUGGAAAGUGGUCACGUUUUUUGUUGGUGGUAACGAUUUGUGUGAUUUUUGUGUUGAUACGAAUAUGCAUACGCCAGAAGAAUUUACGGGCUAUGUUCGAGAUGCACUCGAUCUUUUACAUGCAUCAUUGCCACGAACGUUUGUCAAUUUAGUUUUGGUAUUAGAUAUUCGGUAA